GCUAACAGCCCCUAUAAAGGAGGAAUUUUUAAGCUAAGAAUUGAAUUCUCUCAAGAUUACCCAUUCAAACCACCAUCAGUCAAAUUCAUAACUAGAGUAUAUCAUCCAAAUAUUGAUGACGAUGGGUCAAUUUGUGUUAACUUGUUAAAAACAGAUUUCUUCUUUCUAAAAGUUCUCAAAGCCAUUGCGGAACUUCUCGAAAAUCCAAAUCCCGAUGAUGCGUUGGUGGCUUCUAUUGCAGAGGUUUAUAAUACUAACAAACCAAAAUUCGUCAAAACUGCAAAAGAUUUCGUGAAAAAA